AUGUGCUUUUUCCUCUCCGCUUGUUUGAAUGUGUUGCAGGGCUCCCAGUACGAGCUGAAAGAUAAUCCGGGCGUCCACCCAGCUACCUUUGCUGCCCACACUGCCCCCGGCUAUUAUCCCUAUGGACAGUUCCAAUACGGGGACCCGGGGCGGCCCAAAAACGCCACCCGGGAGAGCACCAGCACCCUCAAGGCCUGGCUCAACGAGCACCGCAAGAACCCCUACCCCACGAAGGGCGAGAAGAUCAUGCUAGCCAUCAUCACCAAAAUGACCCUCACCCAGGUGUCCACCUGGUUCGCCAAUGCCCGACGGCGGCUCAAGAAGGAGAACAAGGUGACCUGGGGCUCCAGGAGUAAGGAUCAAGAAGAUGCAAACCUAUUCGGGAGUGACAAUGAGGGGGACCCCGAGAAGACUGAAGAUGAUGAGGAAAUCGACCUGGAGAGCAUAGACAUAGAUAAAAUCGAUGAGAAUGACGGGGAGCAAAGCAACGAGGAAGAGGAGGAGAAGCCCGAGCUCCUGAGACAAAGCAGUGAAGAGGAUCACUUGGAAAAGGAAAAGGAUUUGGCACUGUCAGGCUCUGAAGGGCUGAAACCCAAAGACCCGCUGGCCAUGGUGAAGGAGGCCUCCGACAACAGCACGAGAAUCAUCAGUCCCGGGGGACCGAACAAUUUACAGAUGCCAUCUCACAGCAAACCCAAGAUUUGGUCUUUGGCAGAGACGGCAACCAGUCCUGAUGGUGCCCUGAAAUCUUCUCCUCCACCACCUCCUCCUCCCCAGGUUAACCACACUUCUCCUCAGAUCCAGCACCCCGCUUUUCUCCCUAGCCAUGGACUUUACACAUGCCAGAUCGGCAAAUUUCACAACUGGACAAAUGGGGCUUUCCUCACUCAGAGUUCCCUGCUGAAUGUGAGGUCCUUUUUGGGAGUAAAUCACCACCACGCCGCUCACCACAAUCACCAUCUCCAAGCCCAGCAACAGUCUUCUGUUUUAACAGCAACCCUGGGCACCCUAAGCAGUGACAAAACUUCAGAGAGGACCAGUCCUAAACACAUAG